AUGGGAAAAAAGAAAAAAAUUUUCAGCAAUUUGGAAGUAAUCUUGAUUACACUUGUUGUGUUGCUUUGUGCCGUUUCAGCUGGCUUUAUAACGAUAAUAUUUGUCCUGGAAAACAUGCCGAGGGAUCCCAACAAGAGACAAUGGGAUCUUUGGAACACUUCGGAGCCGAGACCCGUGACGACCACCACCACUGCAACCACUACCACUACUGCAACCACCACUACCACCACCACCACGGCUGCUCAAGGAACAACUGAUGGUCAAGCCUUCCUCGUUGGGGCUGGAAGAGCUGACUGCACUGGGUUUCUAUCAGAUGUUCCUAUGAUGGGUUAUGCUAGUGGGGACCAAAUAGCAGGAGGACUUCACACUCGUCUGUACAGCCGAGCCUUCAUUGUAGCCCAGCCAGAUAAUUCGAAGCGUGUGGUGUUUGUUAGUGCAGACAUAGGAAUGGUGUCUCAGAGAGUUCGACUGGAGGUGAUCGACAAGCUGAAAGCCAAAUAUGGGGAUCUAUACAGACAAGACAAUGUUGUGUUAAGUGGCACCCACACCCAUUCAGGACCAUCUGGCUAUUUCCAAUACACAAUCUUUAUGGUGACAAGUAGAGGAUUUCACAGAGAGGCCACCAAUGCCAUUGUCAAUGGUAUUGUUAAGAGCAUUGACAUAGCACAUACAAAUCUAAGAAGAGGAAAGCUCUAUGUGAACAGAGGCCCCGUGGAGGCUAGCCAUAUCAAUAGAAGCCCCUCCUCCUAUCUUCGCAACCCAGAAUCAGAGAGAAACAGGUACCCAGUGAACACAGACAAAGACAUGGUUAUAUUAAAGAUGGUAGACAUGACUGGAAAGGAUGUUGGGCUCAUCAGCUGGUUUGCUGUGCAUGCAGUUAGUAUGCCCAACAGUAACCACUUGAUCAGCAGUGACAACAUGGGCUAUGCGUCUUACCUGUUUGAACUGGAAAAGAAUAAAGGGUCUCUGCCUGGAGAGGGAUCUUUUGUAGCAGCGUUUGCAUCAUCAAACCUUGGGGACGUGACUCCAAAUACCAAGGGUCCUCAUUGUACAGAUACAGGUCUUUCAUGCGAAAACCCUACUAGUACUUGUGCAGGAGGUGGGGUCACGAUCUGCGUAGCCACUGGGCCUGGAGAUAAUGUGUUUGAGAGUACAAGAAUAAUAGGGGAAACCAUAUUUUUAAGAGCGAAGGAAUUGUAUGAUGAAGCAUCCAAGUUGAUCGAAGGCACUGUGAGUUCUGCUCACCAGUGGGUGGACAUGAGUAAUGUCAGUGUAAAACUUAAUGACACCCAUAAAGCAACAACCUGUAAACCUGCCCUUGGCUAUAGCUUUGCUGCUGGAACAAUUGAUGGUCCUGGGCUGAUCAAUUUUACUCAUGGUAAGAGCUCCUUUGCUUAA